UUGUGUAUCAGCAGCAAUGCCAUUCUGUCAUAGCUAACCUCCAUAGGGAUACGACAGGACUCACGAAGACUGGAUGUGUACAAGGAAGACGAAGCCGUAACAAAACUGCACGAAUUAUCCGCAUCAUUCACCAGCAGCGGUACAGCCAGUCUAUUAAGGUGAAAAUGUGCGACAGAAAGAUAUCAUUGGCCAAAUUGGAGGAAAGAAGACUAUGUGUUGAAUUUUUAGAAUUGUACAAAACUAUGCCUUCGUUGUGGGACAUGUCUUCGGAGGAAUACCACGACAAAGAGUUGAAAAAGAUAAACUAUGAAAGGCUGCUGCAGAAAUUCCGUCAAAUGGAGCCAAUGGCUUCUAUGAAAGAAAUGAAACGAAAAAUAAAUGUUUUGAGAACCAACUAUAGACGGGAAGUUAAACGUUUGGAAAACUGUCCCAUCGAGGAAAGGAGCCAAUUAUUUUAUUUUGAAGCUAUGGAUUUCCUACGUCACAGUGACCGUUUUCAGCAACAACAGCCACGACAAAAAAUGAAAAUUUGUAGAAUUGAUCAAGAUCCCACAUACUUAGAGGACGAAACAGAAAUAAAAACUCAUAAAAGAAUGAAAAUGUGUAGAAUUGAACAAGAUCCCACAUACUUAGAGGAAGAAACGGAAAUAAAACCCGAUUUUACCGAACAGCAUGAAUACGAUGAUACCAUGGAAGAAGAACCAUUGGACUUUGAGACAAAAGAUACAUCUGCGGAUUUUGAGAGAAAUAAUUUGUAUAAGCAAUCCCAUGUAGAUUUUCAAAGUAAUGACUUGUAUAAGGAACAAUCGGUAGAUAUGAAUCGAAGUGAUUUAAAUAAGGAACCAGAUGAGAUUGAUCGACUUGGCCAACUGUGGGUGGCUAAAAUUCGUAAAAUGAAUGGAACACAAAAACUUUGGGCGGAGAAAUUUAUUAACGAAAUUCUGUUGGAAGGGCAGCUGGGCAAUUUACAUCGUCAUAGCAUACAAAUCAUGGAAUCCUCUCCAAACUCAACGUCAUAUAGUGAUAGAAGUUAAGAAAGAAACGAAAUGUUAUGAUUGAUUAUGGUGGUUAAGUUCGAAGUGAUUUGUAAUUUUUUAAUGAAGCCUGAAAAAUACAGUUUAGUUUAGUUUCUUUUCCAAUAAAUAUAUAUUAAACUUCAAAA